CAAAAUCGAUCAUCUCGCGAUUUCCAUUCCUGCCACUUCCGUCUAAAUCUGCUCCCCUUCCAGCACCUUCCUGCUUCACCGCGCCAGGCUUCCAGUCGCGCCACACGACCAGCCAUGGACGGCAAGGACCCCGCCGCAGCCGCAGCCGCGCCGCCUGCCUCUGCUUCUCCUCCCCUGACGCGACCAGACAUGGAGGGCAAAGACGGCGCCGCCACCGCGCCCGUGGCACAACCGGGCGCGCCGCAACCCGCCCGCCCCGAGUCGGCGAGGUGGGGCACGCGGCAGAUGGGCCCGCCGGCGGCGCCCGGAGCGCACCCGGAGAACCAGCAGGCGGCGCAGUGGACGGCCUCGCGCGGCGACCAGGAGCCGCCUCCGUACGUCAUCAUGGGGGAUCACGCCCACGCGCCGGCUGCCGCGGCGACACGGCGGCCGGAGAGGGAGAAGGAGAGCCCGAUGGAGCACAUCCUCGACUUCUUCAACACCUGGAGCCGCAAGGCCGAGGAGCUCUCCUCCAACAUCUGGCUCAACCUGAAGACGGCGCCAUCCAUGUCCGACGCGGCGAUGGGCAAGCUGAGCCUGGGCGCGAAGGCUCUCACCGGCGGCUUCGACAAGCUGUACAAGCAGACCUUCGCCAGCCCCGACGACGAGCACCUGAAGAAGACGUUCGCCUGCUACCUGUCCACGGCGACGGGCCCCGUCGCCGGCACGCUCUACCUGACAAACAUGAACGUGGCCUUCUGCAGCGACCGCCCGCUCUCCUUCACGGCCCCGUCGGGGCAGACCGCCUGGAGCUACUACAAGGUGGUCAUCCCGCUGGCCAGGGUCGCCGCCGUGGAGCCCGUCACGGCCAAGGAGAACCCGUCCGAGAAGUACGUGCACCUUGUUACUGUGGAUUCCCAUGACUUCUGGUUCAUGGGCUUUGUUAGCUACGACAAGGCCGUGCACCACCUCAGCGAGGCCGUCUCGGCCCAGCACGGCGCCGCCCACGCUCCCGCCGCGGCGACGCAGCCGCCGCCGGCAGCAGCGAGUUUUGAGUGAGAGCUGAGGAGCUCGUCCGUUUGGUUUGCUUGUUAUCCAUGUGUUGGCUGUGUACAUUCGUUGUUUUGGGUUUACUGUGACGCUUGCUGUGAUCGUGUCUGUGCGUGCGUGUAUGUUUCGUAAUUUGUGAGGAAUAGUGGAUGGAUCCGUUUUGUACUACUUGUGUACUGUGAUGUGUAGUGAAUUCAGUUACUCCAUAUUAUAGCUUUCCGAA